AGCAACGUUUAUCAGUUCAAUCUACACAGGUAACGUACUGUGCGAGUUUGUUGGUCGGUUGUUGUAUGCACAGCGAGAUUUCUUGAAGAGUGCAACCAGGCUGCAUACGAGCGCUCCUGAUGAAGGUGUGCAGGUAAUACUUUGAGAGCCUUGUAAGACGCCAUGUCUGAAGAGGCGAUUUCAGAAAGUGACCUGGAGCCCAGCCUUAACAGUGAAGAGGAGUAUUUGGAAAAUGAGGAGGAGGAGGAGGACAAUGAGGACCUGGAGGAGGAUGAGGAUGAAAAUGAUGGAGACGAUGAAGAAGAUAGUGUUGAACGACCUGGGAGUGCAGAAAGCAGGACCGAAACGGCUCAGGAUGGCAGGGACUCCACUUCAACUACCUCCGGAGAGCCAUCCCCAGAGCCUCCGUCUCAGCCUGCGUCCCCCCUAUCCUCCAGGGUUCCCUCCAGACCUGCCUCUCGUUCUCAGCCUCCAGCCAGCCCAGAAAACUCGAGCCAGAGCAAGCCACCCUCCAGCAAAACAAAGAAACACAAAGCCUCUAAAUCAACCAAAUCUUCUAAGUCCUCGAAAGGCUCCAAACCUUCCAAGCCAUCUAAGCCUACACACAUGAGGAAGAAUAUCAGAAAGCUGCUGAAAGUGGAUGAGCUGGAGGCUGGGACCAAGGCGGCUCAACAGGAGGAGAUGGACAGGAGGAAGCGUCUGGAGCAGCAGAGGAAGGACUUCCCUACAGCAGCCUCAACUGUCCCAGACUCUCAGCUAGUCGACACUGCUUCAAUUUUAGGAGAAGUGUCUCACUUGGUCCCUGCCCUCCUGAGCAAGCAGGAUGUGAUCUGUCUGGACAGCAGUGGUGAUGAAGAUGAACAAGUGGACCAGCUGCCUGCGCUUGCUAUUCGAGAUGAUAUAAUUGAGCUUAGUUCUGGAGACGAGGACGCCUUUCAGAUCAGCAGCGAGUCGGCCGAUGAGGAUGCUGAUGGCAGCGCCGCCUCAGAGGAGAGCAGCGGGGCGCACAUCAACGAUGCCAUGAAUCUGCCUGAUGCCCAGGGUCGAGUGCUGGUUAAUAUCAGUCACCCUGCAGAGGAGAAAGACAUUUACCUCGCUCCACAGCUGGCCAAGGCUGUCAAACCUCACCAGAUUGGGGGAAUCCGGUUUCUCUACGAUAACCUUAUUGAGUCACUGGAGCGGUACAAGACCAGCAGUGGCUUUGGCUGCAUCCUUGCUCACAGCAUGGGGUUGGGCAAGACGCUGCAGGUCAUUUCCUUCACUGACAUCCUGCUGAGGAAUACUGAGGCUCACACUGUGCUGGCCAUUGUUCCUGUGAACACACUUCAGAACUGGCUGACAGAGUUUAACCUCUGGCUCCCACCACAAGAAGCCCUUUCUCCUGACACUGACCCUGCAUUAGUCGCAGGCCGCACAUUCAAAGUUCACAUUGUCAACGAUGAGCACAAGACGACGGUGUCCAGGGCCAAAGUUGUUGAGGAGUGGUCCAGAGAUGGAGGGGUGUUGCUAAUGGGUUAUGAGAUGUACCGUUUGCUGUCCAUGAAAAAGAGCUUUGUGAUGGGCAAGAAGAGGAAAUCCAAGAAGCCAGCAGGACCAAUCAUCAUUGAUCUGGAUGAAGAAGAUAGACAGCAGGAACUCAUGAAAGUUAUUGAGAGGUCCAUAGCGCGGCCCGGCCCAGAUGUGGUGAUAUGUGACGAAGGUCAUCGCAUUAAAAACUACCACGCCAGCACAUCACAAGCUCUGAAGAACAUCCGCUCCCGGCGCAGAGUAGUCCUGACCGGUUACCCGUUGCAGAACAACCUCAUUGAAUACUGGUGCAUGGUGGACUUUGUUAGGCCCGACUUUUUAGGCACACGUCAGGAAUUCAGCAACAUGUUUGAGCGGCCCAUUCUGAACGGGCAGUGUGUGGACAGCACACCGCAAGAUGUCCGCUUGAUGCGCUACCGCAGCCACGUGCUGCACAGCCUGCUGGAAGGUUUUGUCCAGAGACGAGGUCAUGAUGUGCUGAGAGACCAGCUUCCCUCCAAGGAGGAGCAUGUGAUCUUGGUGCGGCUCUCUCCCAUUCAGAGGGCGCUGUAUACAGAGUUCAUGAAACGCUUUCGAGAAGCAGGGAACAACGGCUGGCUCGGUCUAAACCCACUCAAAGCCUUCUGUGUAUGCUGCAAGAUCUGGAAUCACCCAGACGUCCUCUAUGAAGCCCUGCAGAAGGAGAAUCAGGCCAACGAGCACGACCUGGACCUCGAUGACAUCACUUCAGCUGGUAACACCCGCUGUUCUGCACCGGGUGCCGGCCUAAAAGCCAAAGGGGCCGACUCAAGCAACAGCAAAGUCAACAACACCCUGCCACUACUCAAUGCCUCUCAGGAAAGAGCCAAUCAAGUCAUCACAUAUGAAUGGGCAAAGGGCAUAAUGUCAAACUACCACACCGGAGUUUUGGAGAACUCCGCCAAGAUGAUUCUGCUCUUCCACUUGAUUGACGAGUGUGUAGGAAGAAGAGACAAGAUUUUGAUAUUUAGUCAAAGUUUGUCCACCCUGUCGGUGAUUGAGGACUUCUUAUCAAAGAGACCCAUGCCGACGGGUAUCGCCUCCUCUGACGCCCAGAACCAAAACUGGGUCCGCAAUAUCAACUACUACAGACUGGAUGGGAGUACAUCUGCCUCAGAAAGAGAGCGACUUAUAAAUCAGUUUAAUGACCCAGAAAACAAUAAAACAUGGGUCUUCCUACUUUCUACAAGAGCGGGCUGCUUGGGGGUAAAUCUGAUAGGGGCCAACCGUGUGGUUGUGUUUGAUGCCUCCUGGAACCCAUGUCAUGAUGCUCAGGCGGUGUGUAGGGUGUACCGCUACGGUCAGAGGAAACCCUGCUACAUCUACCGCCUCGUCUGUGAUUUCACCUUGGAGAAAAAGAUUUAUGACAGACAGGUCUCCAAACAGGGCAUGUCCGACCGUGUGGUUGAUGACCUGAACCCAGUGCUGAACUUCACUCGUAAGGAAGUGGACUCGCUGCUGCAUUUUGUAGAGGAGGAACCUGAUAGAAUUUCUCUGGAAUCCCAGGAGGAAUUUGAAACCGUGAUGCAUCAAGCUUGUCAGCUUUACCCACACCUCAUCACCAAGCAACCUUUUCAUCACGAGUCUCUGCUGGUUGAUCGGAAGGAGUCGAAACUGACCAAAGCAGAGAAGAGAGCCGCCAAGAAGAGCUACGAGGAUGAGAAACGAGCCUCUGUGCCCUACUCACGGCCAUCAUACGCCCCCUACUACCCAACCAGUGAUCAGACGCUCACAAACAUACCAGCAUUUAACCAACGCGGCUGGCGUCCGAUGGCACGGCCAGAUGACAAGCCUGUGGCAAGUGUGCGGCCCAUCCAGUCAACCCCAAUCCCCAUGAUGCCUCGCCAGGCCGGCAUGGGCAUGGCUGGCUCCAGCUCUGCCGGCAGCCUGCCUGUCAACUUCCUGCAGAAAGCUGGAGUUUAUGUGCAGAGAAUUGUCACCACAACUGAUAUUGUAAUCCCAGGAGCCAACAGCACAACAGAUGUUCAAGCUCGAAUUAGUGCAGGAGAGAGCAUCCAUGUUAUCAGAGGAUCGAAAGGUACCUACAUUAGGACAAACGAUGGAAGGAUUUUUGCUAUUCGAUCUGGAAAGAUCAGUAGGCCAGCAGCCGGGGGCUCUGCUGCUUCAAGGGAGGCCCAGGGUUCCCUGAUCCAUCCACUCAGUAACGGCUGUUCGUCGCCUGUUGAUCAACAGCAGGGUUCACCCAACGGGGAGCAGCGGCCCUCCUCUCCCUUAAGCUCUGAGAUCCUCAGAGAGCUCAGCCGCUACGCUUCGUCCGCAGGUGAUGCCACCGGCGGCAUGGGGAAUGAAUUGCCGUCACCGUCAGAAAUGUUGGCUGUAACAGCGGGGAAUGAAGGCGGUUCGCAAAACAAUCAGACUGGUGAUCUCAACAGGCAGAUCAGUGACGACCUGUUGAGCUCGGCUUUAGAGAUGCGUGGCAGCAAGCGCCGGAGUACUGAAAGCCUGGGCAACACACAGAUAGGAGGCAAACGCACCUCUGCUGCGUCACGUUUCUCCGGACUGUCCAUGGGCUCCAGCGGACUCGGUUUUCCCCCCGUGGGUCUGAACUCCUCCUCCCUACUGGGGAAUCUAGGUCACAUGAGUCAUCCUCUUCUGAUGGGUGGUAGCGGUGGAUCGUCAUUCCUUCAGACGCCAGGACAAACCCUGGCUGACCUACAGAACAUGUUCCCCUCUGCAGGCUCGGACCUACUGAGACAGUCCGCCACAGGAAACGGACACCAUCCCACCUCCUCCUCCUCCUCAUCCUCUCUGUCAAAUGCUUUCUCCUCUGCUUCCACCACCAUCCCUAUGUCGUCUUCACCCUCGGCAGCGACCUCUUCCUCCCUGGGGUCCAGUUCUCUGCCUCCGUACUUGAUGAAUCCCAACAUGGCUGGCCUGCUUUCAUCUGGCUUCCCUCUCAACUACAGUCAGUCGCUGCUCUCUGAGCCCAGGAUGUUCAAUACCCCUCUCCUCUCUGGGUCGGGGGGAUUCCCCACGCCUAACUCCAGCUCUGCUACAUCCAGUUUCCUCUCCCAUUUCAACAAUCCCACUUCUAGCCUGCUGGGGGCAGCUCUGGCCCAGCCGGACAUGCAUCAGAGUACAGAAAACGGCGGCAGUAGUUCUGAUGACGACGUUAUCGAGGUGACAGGACAGUAGAGAGGCAGUUUCACACGCAGUUUUAUCAAUCAUGGCAAACAUAAAUUAGGGAUGGGAAUGAUUUAAAUUUUUACUAAAUUAACUAAAUGGAUUCUGUUACAGUAUCCAGCCUAACCUAUAAACCGAUGGUCAGAUGCAUUGAGAUAUUCUGAAUAUGUGAGCACAUCAGAAUGCAAUAAGGGAGAAGAGAAAAAAAGUGAUGAUAUACAAUCCUUUGAUCAUUUAUAUUACAAAAACCAUCAAUCAAUAAAUAGAGCUUUUCAGGAACUUAACAGUUACCUUUUAAUCAAGUUCGAAAAGGAUGUUCAGCGAAAUGUGUUUCGGCCUUGCUGUUCAUUAAAUCAGCUUAUAUCGUUCACAAAAUCCCCAGUGAAAUUGGCUGCAUUCCCAUUCCUAAUGGUCUCAUUAAACCACACACAGACAGACUCUCAUCUGCAAAUGAGAGGAUCAACUUGUACCUUAAUGAUUUUACAAAGUCAGAGUAACAAAUCCUUAUGCUGAAUAUCCCAGAGUUGUUCAGCUGGAGCAUUGGAGCAGUCGGAACGGACCACUGCCGUUUGGGGACCAGCUGAAUCUUUAGGACGCUUUCUAAGCACAGCCUCCACUGCGAUACUUUAAAUCAAGUCCUAACGGUGAAAAGACUGUCUUAUCAUGACAUAUUGCUGUGAAACAGUCUAGUGCAAACCAAAAUUUGUCCUACUGUUUCACCUGUCAGCAGUACUCACCUGCUGAAACCUAAUCUACUCCUUUUUUCUUUUAGCACAGAAUCUUUUUCUACUAAACAAUACUGGAAGGCAGCAUAGUACAAUAAAUAGCUCACAGUGGCUAAAGAACGUGGUGUUCAUAUUUGUCAAAAAUCCACUUGACAAUGUAUUUAGAGAAAAUCCUUUGAGGCUUACCUUUAACAGCAGAAUUCUUAGGCUUUCAGAGCAUAUUUUAGUCUUUAGCAAUUUGAUAGACAUUGUAGCAUCCCCUGUUGAAAGGAUAUUAUGUGUGAUAUUAUAACUGAACAUGUUGAUACUUUGUAAAUAGCAUCAUUACUGUUGUUUAUAUUGCAAGUCAAUACUGUGCAGUGUGUAGAUUUUGGAUGGAGGGAGAUUGUUCAUUGUUGGUCACGAUGAUAAACUCGUUCUCGCAUUGAUGCUGGGGAAACAAAUUCAUGUCCAACUUUAUAAUUGACCUUUUUCCCCUUUAAACUAAAAUGAUUGUACUUUCAUGAUAGCCUUUGAUAACACGGGCUGGGACGAGGAUUUGGACUGUGUUCUUUCAUUUUUAGCCUUAAAUAACACAAAGGGGUCUUGAGUCUUGAGCAUUUAUCUUAAUACAUCCUUUUAACAAAUCUGUUAGAAGAACUACUGAGCAUUAGGACAGUUUGUGUCAAACUCAGAACACCAGUGUCGGGCAGAUUCAGCGUUGUGAUGAAAAGCACCAAGUGUGGAAGCCGAAAGGAGCAGAAAGCAAGGUUUUAUGUUGCUUGCUCAUUCGCCUCUUGUUUUUGUUGCAGUUUUUACUUAAGUGUCCCCACCAUCAGUCAGCCUACACCCUACAUGUAGAUUUGAUGAUCCUAAUUUUCUAAUGGCUUAUUUUCCAAACCUUGCCGAGAACAAAUAUUACCUAAACUGUAGGAAACAUUGCAUUCAUUCAGCCUGAGUGUCUAAAACCUUCAGUAGACGUAGCCACCAACCAUCAAAACAGAUAGCGAACAUUUUCCUACAACCACCUGUGACUGUCGCAGAACCAGGUCAGGUGGUGCGGUGGCCUUACCGAACUGACAGUGCCAUCGUGUGGUAGCUUUUCACAGAGGUGCGUCUUUAAAAGCGGUGCAGUGUAAGUAGCUUCUGUCAGUAGUGUCGGUCUGCGGUGCUUUAGGGAGUUUAGGUCUUUGCUGUCCUCUGUAGCCUUGUGUUUCUGUGUUGUGAUGACACUUCAAGGUAUGUAGAUUUAGGAAAGCCCUUCUCCUUUGUCUGUAAAAUAGGCUAGACACAGUUGUUGUUAGCCUUUAGAAAACACUGGAUUACCUGAGACAACAGAUCACUCCCUAUGAGGUUAAAUUUUGGUGUAGAAAUGUUGUGGAGUCCUUUUUACUCCCGCUGUUCCCCUGUUGUUCUAGAUGCUUCAUUUCUAUCAUCGAAGAUGUGUCCAGUUUUGUUCAGCAUGUUUCGGGAAGUUGUGAUGAUUUGUUUCAGAUUUGAAAGUGGAGCUGGCACUUACAAAAAGGAUCAUAUCUGCUUGUUAACUGUGUGAGGUACAUCGUAUUGACUCCAUGUCUUUAUUUUCAGUCUUUUUGAUCUGUUGGAAACAUUUUGCAUUUGAGUCUUGGGACUCUUCAAUUUAUAAAACAAAACCUGUCUGCCAUUUCUUGUCAAUUACGUGCAUUUUUAUGAUCAAUAGAAAUAUUUCAGUUUUUUAAAUGUUUUUUAUAACUUGUUAUUGGCGGUUGUUUCCCCUUAUUUCAAUGUAAGUGUCCGAAAUUUAUUUAUUUAUAAUGCAAAAUACAUUCUUUUUUGUAAUUACGUUUUUUUUUAUCGUUUUGUUCACUUUGACCCAUUGACGGCUGAUUCAGUAAGAAUUUCGUACAUGCAGCCUAGAUCGAAGCAGAAUAUGACUGUGUUAUCAAUGUUAUUUUAACAAUAAAACACUCUUCUA